UAGACUUGAUAUGCGGGGUUGAUAAGCAGGAUAAUGUUUUGAUUGUUAAAAUACUUUUUGUCGAUUCUUAUAUUGGUAAUUUCGCAGUAAACUGAAAAGCUCUAAAAUAUCAUCGAAAUUUAUUAAUGUAUACAUUUUUUAACGUUUAAUCGUGUUCUUGAACUUUAAAAUAUGACUUAUGCCACUGAUAAAAGCAAAAUUCAGGAUCAACCUUUCCCUCUUCCUUUAAGUAAUGAUACAAGUACAAAGUCAGUUGCCAAAGUAAUUGAAAAAAAGUUUUCAAAAAGAGAUGUUAUAACCUCUUUAUUUGCAGGGGCUUGUGCUGGUGCUCUCGCUAAAACCGUAAUUGCUCCAUUAGAUAGAACAAAAAUAAUGUUUCAGGUCUCAAAUACGCCCUUUACUUAUGCAAAAGCUAUUGAAAAUCUUUCAAAGAGUUAUACUCAGUACGGGCUACGCAGUUGGUGGAGGGGUAACAGUGCAAUGAUGGCUCGUGUUAUUCCCUAUGCUGCUAUUCAAUUUACUGCACAUGAGGAAAUUAAAAGAUUAUUAGGAAGUGUAAACCAUGAAACUUUGCCUCCACUAAAGAGGCUAUUAGCAGGUUCAAUGGCUGGAGCAACAGCUGUAAUUUUAACUUAUCCUCUUGAUAUGGUUCGUGCAAGAAUGGCUGUAUCAAAUUUUUCCAAAUACAAAAGCCUUAGACACACGUUUGCAACAAUUUAUAAAGAAGAAGGAAUUCGAACUUUUUAUAAUGGUUUUAUACCAACUGUUAUUGGUAUUUUGCCUUAUGCUGGUGUUUCAUUUUUCGUUUAUGAAUCGCUAAAGAAACAUUACUAUAAUAAUAAUAACCAUGAAAUUUUAAUUAUCAAUAGAUUGCUAUUUGGUGCUAUUGCUGGAGCUUGUGGCCAAACAGUGACCUAUCCGAUGGAUAUUGUUAGAAGAAGAAUGCAGAUAGAUGGAAUUGACGGAAAAGGUUACAUAUAUAAAAAUAUAUUUUGGACACUGUCUCAUGUUUUAAAAACUGAAGGUUUUAUUAAAGGUUUCUAUAAAGGUUUAAGUAUCAAUUGGAUAAAAGGACCUAUUGCAGUUGGUAUUAGUUUUGCAACCUAUGAUACAACAAAGUUGUUUAUUAACGUAAUAAUAAAUGAAGCAAAGGAAAUAAAGGAGUUUAUAUAAAUAUUAGUUCUGUUUAUUUUUGUUGCUGUUAUUUUUUUACUGUAAUUUUAAAUGUGUUUAAUAUAAGCUUUACCUUUUCA